GUUAGAGUAGGAUUGAAGCUUGGUUGGUCUUUCUUGGCUUCUUAUAAUAGUUGGCCACGUGAACUCACCCAAACAAAAGUGGAAGGAGGACUCCCUUUAGAGGCCACAGCAGCCACCACCGACUUCAUCGUUCCACACACAAACAGAGAGAGAAAGAGAGAGAGAAGAUCUGUAAAGAAUUAAUUUUGAAGAAAUUCUAGCUAUCUACGACCUGCACGAAAGCAGGUUCAGAGUUUGGUACUGAGUAAUCAACUUCAGCUCCACGGCUCCACUGGAAGGAAUUGAGAAGUGAUUGAGGUGGGUGAUUGCUUGGAAUGCAUAGUACUACUUACAGAUAAGUGGGUGAGAAAGAGAAUAUGAGAAAGCACACGCAGAUAUUUAUGAGCUUGUUCAGUGAGGCAUCUGGGCUUCUUAAACAUUUCUCACAUCGGAAGAAGAAGGGACGGGCAAGAGCAACCCUGCUGUUCUUCGUCUUCAUUGUCGUCGUCGGCGUCUGUGUUUAUUCUCUCUGGAUUGACACGUCUAUCCUAGGGGGUUCCAGCUUCACAGUCAAAGAAAUGCGAAGCGCGGAUACACCAAAGCAAUCUAGAAGCACUCGGCGUCGACCUGAAAUUCCACUUAAUUGCUCGGCCGGGAACUUGACAAGAACUUGCCCGGCAAGCUUUCCUGCGACAUUUCAAGCUAACGAGGGUAACAAAAUUGCAACUUCUUCUCCUUCUUCUUCUUCACAGUGUCCGGAAUAUUUCAGGUGGAUCCAUGAGGAUCUAAAGCCAUGGAAGGAUAAGGGUAUAACAAGGGAGAUGGUGGAGAGAGCAAAGAGGACAGCAAAAUUUAGGCUUGUGAUUGUGAAUGGUAGAGUUUACGUGGAGAAGUACGGGGAUACAAUUCAAACAAGGGAUGAGAUUACGUUGUGGGGUAUUUUACAGCUCAUGAGAAGGUACCCUGGGAGGUUGCCGGACUUGGAACUCAUGUUUGACUGCGAGGACAGACCUCUGGUUCAAAAACGCUACUUUACGGAUCCCAAUGCAAUGGCCCCACCUCCGCUCUUCCGUUACUGUGGGGACCACUGGACCCUCGAUAUUGUCUUCCCUGAUUGGUCCUUUUGGGGUUGGCACGAGAUCAACAUAAAACCAUGGGAAUCAAUUCUUAAGGAACUGAAAGAAGGAAAUGAGAAGACCAAAUGGAUUGACAGGGAACCUUAUGCUUAUUGGAAAGGCAACCCAUUUGUAGCUCCGACAAGGCAAGACCUCAUGAACUGCAACGUAUCAGAGAAACAAGACUGGAAUGCUCGCCUCUAUAUACAGGAUUGGAUCCUUGAGUCUCAAAAAGGAUUCAGGAAAUCUAGUUUAGCUGAUCAAUGUAUUCACAGAUAUAAAAUUUACAUUGAAGGAUAUGCUUGGUCAGUUAGCGAGAAAUAUAUCUUAGCCUGUGAUGCUCUUACUCUGAUGGUAAGACCUAGAUUCUACACGUUUUUCUCAAGAGGUAUGCUUCCCAUGCAUCACUAUUGGCCUAUAAGGGACGAUGACAAAUGCAGAUCUCUUAAAUUUGCCGUCGAAUGGAAUAACAAUCACACCAAACAGGCGGAAGCCAUUGGGAAGGCAGCGAGCAACUUCAUACAAGAGGAGAUGAAGAUGGAUUAUGUGUAUGAUUACAUGUUCCAUCUAUUGAAUGAAUACGCAAAGCUCCUCAGAUACAGACCUAAUGUACCUGAACAUGCCAUGGAAAUAUGUUCAGAGACGAUGGCAUGCCCUGCAACAGGUAGAAAGAAGGCAUUCAUGAUGGAAUCCAUGGUGAAGUUUCCAGCAGAGACAAGUCCGUGCACGAUGCCGCCUCCCUUUAAUCCUCAAGAGCUUCAAGACUACUACAAGGGAAAGUAUGAUUCUAUAAAUCAAGUGAAGAGAUGGGAGAAGAGAUACUGGAAAAGUCAAAAUAAAAAAAUAUAGAGAUGUUCCUCACAUGCUUCUUUUCUUAUUUCAUGUGAGGAACACUUGGGUGGGGACCAAGGUGAGCCUGGGGAACUAUUAUAAGUUAUGGAAGUUAGCUCACCAGUGCCCAGAAUGGUAUGGAACGGUCGAGGCCUAGCUACCGUGUGCCCAUUGUAGCUGCCGUGGUCAUUUUUUGCUUGUCCUUAAUUCUUUUAGAUUCCUCAAUCUAGAUCAAAUCACUUCUCCUUAUAAAGGCAUCCGUAAGUCUCCUUUGGACAUGGCCUUAUAUUUAAUAAUUUAUUUUCUAUUAAAGAUACAUUAUCCAA